GCUUCUGGCGCACAAGUCGGUCAAAAGUAUAUACCUUUUUCUUUGAACGUAUGGAACGACAAAUAUAAUCCGCGCUUGACCUGGUUUCGACAUCUAAACGUCUUAUAGCUCCAGCCGCUCAGUGUCGAUCAACAUAGUGCUCCACUAGAAUAAGUUGUUUUGCAUCAUGGUCCACGCAGACGCGUCCAACUUCGUCGAAGGCGUUACCAAGGAGCAAGCGUACGAGCAGGUCCUCACUCAAGUCGAGGGCUUGUUCUACGAUCAGAGGAAUUGGGUAGGUGUCUACAACCUCUCAAACGCGGCGUCAUUACUGUGGCAUGCCUACAAGUCGUUACCGGCACCUAGUAGCCAGGUUAACUGGGCAGGCUUCUACACACUAGACCCCAAGCUAUCCUUGAAGCCACAACUCAUCCUGGGCCCGUUCCAAGGCAAGGUUGCUUGUCAGCAGAUUGCAUUUGGCCGGGGAGUAUGUGGAACGGCAGCAGCAGAUAGAACAACGCAGCUGGUACCGGAUGUAGAGGCAUUUCCUGGGCAUAUCGCCUGUGAUGGAGACAGCAAGAGCGAGAUCGUCGUUCCUAUCGUCGUGGGUUCCAAGCUGGUGGCAAUCAUCGAUAUUGACUGCGCGGAGCUGAACGGAUUCGACGAAAUCGACAAAAAGUACCUGGAACAACUAGCAGAAAUGAUUGGUAAAAGUUGCGAUUGGUCAGCUUGAGGGGAAAUCGGAGUUCUUGGGCGGAUUCAUAGGUGGCUGUGUAUAUUCAACUAUACCCGUGGCGUUCGGUAGAUCAUAGAGUUCUCAACACUGAGUAUGUUUUUUUUCAGUUCUU